AUGGAGGCUGCUUCUUUCCACCGGAAAGAUGAGGCUCGGUUCAACGUCUCUACGAAACUCCAAUCAGCUUGGUCCAAUGCAGGUGGUGCCAAAGUCCACUGGGGAGCCUGCCCACCUGCGAAUCCAUCCCCGCUGUCCAAGACAGUGGGAAACCUGCAUGAUCGACUGUCUCCUAUGGCAGCAGCAUCGGCUCCCACAAAGAACCUUCGGAAUUGGAAGAGACCCACUGUGGUUGGGGCGGGGCUUCAGAAUAUGGGCAACACCUGCUACGUGAAUGCAGCCCUGCAGUGUCUGACGUACACCCCGCCUCUUGCCAGCUUUAUGUUGUCCCAGCGGCACUCGGAAACCUGUCAAAUGCAGAGACCCUGCACCCUGUGUACGAUGCAAGCUCACAUUAUCUGGGCCCUCCGUAGUCCCGGAGAUGUUAUCCAGCCUUUGAGGGAACUGGUCACUGGCUUCCAUAGACACAAGCAGGAAGAUGCCCAUGAAUUUCUAAUGUUCACUGUGAAUGCCAUGCAGCAAGCAUGUUUGCAUGGGUACAAACAGCUAGACCGGCACUCUGAGGACACCACCCUAAUCCGUCAAAUAUUUGGAGGGUACUGGCAAUCUCAAAUCAAGUGUCUCCAGUGCCAUGGCGUUUCCAACACGCUAGACCCUUACCUGGACGUUAUCCUGGAUAUCCAGGAGGCUCAGAGUGUGACCCACGCUUUGGAACUGUUGGUGAAGCCUGAAAAGAUGGAUGGUGAGAAUUUGUAUCAUUGUAGUUUUUGUCUCAAAAAGGUGCCAGCUUCCAAGACACUGACUCUGCACACUUCCUCGAAAGUCCUUAUCAUUUUAUUGAAACGGUUCUCAGAUUUCACAGGCAUCAAAGAGGAGAAGGCGGUGCAAUAUCCUGAGCAUCUUGACAUGCAACAGUAUCUGUCUCAGCAGAAUGCAGGACCACUUGUGUAUUCUCUCUAUGCUGUGCUGGUCCAUGCUGGUUGGAGUUGUCACAACGGACAUUACUUCUGUUACAUCAAAGCCGGGAACGGCCAGUGGUUCAAAAUGGAUGACGCUAAGGUAACUGCCUGUGACAUUUCUUCUGCCCUGAGCCAACAAGCUUAUGUCCUCUUUUACAUCCAGAAGAGUGAAUUGGAAAGAGACAUUGGGAGUGUGUCCCUAGAUGUGGAACCAAGAUGCCUCGGGGCUGAGCACACAGACAUGAGAGCAACCCAACAGGAGCCUGAGAGACACUCCAGCAACAGGGGUCCUGGGUCAGAGGAGCCCAAGCAAAAGACAUCAGUUAAGCAGAUCACCUUACAGCAGUGGAGAUUGCUCCAGGAACGAUCCCGACCGAAGCCUGAGCUCUACCUCAGGAAAAUUGAAUGUGCCCUGCCUGCCAAUGCAUUCUUGAUUCACCAGUCCAAGUACAGAGAUGGGCUGACCAAGAAUCAUCCAGAACAGGAAAACUACCUGCUCAACAAUCCAGCCAGGCACACCCCACCUCAGGAGGCAAGGAACAUUUGCCAAGUCCCUUGUCCCAAAGGGAGAGCCAGAGCUACCAAGAGGAAGAAGAAGGGGCAGAGGUCUCAGGAUGUAUUCUCAGCAUAA